CUUCAGCUUCUAAUGCCAGCUCCGGCGGAGUCUCUCCUCUAAACUCUAAUUCAACAAUUUCGUUGGCGGAUUCGGAUUCAAAUUCAAAUUGAGGUGUUCUGCGAUUAAUCAAUUAAUCAAUCUGUUGUGGACAUUCAGGUGUCUGCAAAUAUCUGGUCUAGAAAUACAAAAUACAUAAUUGAUGUCCUUUGGGCGAGUUCGACUUGGUAUGUUUAAUGGCAGUCAUCAUCCAUCCAAGAAUUAGAUAGAUAUAUGUGUAAAAUUUUUUUUGGUUGAUAAAUCGAUCUGAUAGGGUUUCUAAGAUUGUUGUUGAUUUGUUAUAUAGUAGCCAACCCAACACUACCCUACCCUACCCUACCCUACCAUAGAUGGAGGAUUCCAAGCAUAAACCUAGGAAGGAGGAUUCAGAGAGAAAGGAUAUUGAUUCCAAAGGGACCCAUCGUGAACGUCGUGAGAAGCACAGGGACCGGGAUAGGAGAGACCGUGAAACUCGUCCUUCUGAUAGGGAUAAGAGUAGUGAUUCUGAUGAAAGGUAUGAUAGGGAGAGAGAAAGGGACAAGGAAAAGCACAGAGAUAGAAGGGAUCGUGAUGAUGAGCGGGAAAAGGUCAGAGACAGGAAGAGGGACAGGGAAGAUAGAGAGAAAGACAAGGAGAAAGACAGGGAGAGGGCAAGAGAGAAGAGGGAACGGGACAGGGAAGAACGAGAGAGGGAAAGGGAGAGGAGAGAACGGGACAGGGAGAGAGAAAGGGAAAAGAGAGAGAGGGACAGGAAGUUAAGGGAAAGGGAGAAGCGUCGUGAAUAUGACAACAACAACAACAGCGAUGACAGUGAUGCUGAGAAGGACCGGGACAGGGACCGUGAUAGGAAGCGUCAGCGUAGGCGUGAUCCUGAUGCUGAUGAUGAUUACAAGGAGAGAGACCGAGAAAGAAGUGUUAGCAGGUCUAACAGACAGAGGGAGAGGGAUGACAGGGAGGAGAGCCCAAGGAAAGUGGCCAUCGAGGAUGACUCAGACAUCAAAGAGACUAAAACAAGAGAGGAGGAAUUAGAAGAGGAACAGCGGAAACUAGAUGAGGAAAUUGAAAAACGAAGGAGGAGAGUGCAGGAGUGGCAAGAGUUAAGAAGGAAGAAGGAAGAGUCUGAGAGGGAAAAGCGGGGGGAUGCAAACAUUGAGGCUGAGGCCGGUAAAACUUGGACACUUGAAGGAGAAUCUGAUGACGAAGAUGCACCUUCAACAGUAAAAGCAGUGACAAAUAUGGAUGUAGAUGAAGACUUAAAGCCUAAUGGCAAGGAAGUAGGAGAUGCAAUGAUGGAAGAUUCCGAGGAUGAAAAAGUAGCACCUGUCCCACAGAAUGAGGUUGAUGGGAGUGCUGGGGAUGAUGAAAUUGAUCCUUUAGAUGCUUUCAUGAAUUCCAUGGUCUUACCAGAAGUUGAGAAGCUCAGCAGCACAGUUAUUCCUCCAUCUGAUGGUGAUAAAAUUGUGGUCACAAAAAAGGAUAAAAUUGAUAAUUUGAGCAAUGGUGAACAGACAAAGAAAAGUUCAAACAAGUCACUUGGGAGGAUUAUUCCUGGGGAAGAUUCUGAUUCAGAUUAUGAGGAUGUCGAGAUUGGUGAAGAUCCCUUGUUAGAGGAAGAUGAUGAGGAGUUUAUGAAACGGGUGAAGAAGACUAAAGCUGAGAAACUGUCCCUUGUUGAUCACUCAAAGAUUGAUUAUAAACCAUUUCGGAAAAAUUUCUAUAUUGAAGCGAAGGAGAUUUCAAGAAUGACUCCUGAUGAGAUUGCUGCUUAUCGGAAGGAAUUGGAGUUAAAGUUGCAUGGAAAGGAUGUGCCGAAACCAGUUAAAACUUGGCACCAAACUGGACUCACAAGUAAAAUAUUGGAGACCAUAAAGAAGCUUAACUAUGAAAAGCCAAUGCCAAUUCAAGCACAAGCGCUGCCCAUAAUUAUGAGUGGUCGAGACUGCAUUGGCAUUGCAAAAACUGGUUCUGGAAAAACCCUUGCUUUUGUUCUACCAAUGUUGAGGCAUAUCAAGGACCAGCCACCUGUAGCUGCUGGAGAUGGACCUAUUGGGCUUAUUAUGGCACCUACAAGGGAGCUUGUCCAGCAGAUCCACAGUGACAUUAAGAAGUUUGCCAAGGCAUUGGGAGUCAGAUGUGUUCCAGUGUAUGGAGGUUCUGGUGUUGCGCAACAGAUAAGUGAGCUAAAGAGGGGGACAGAGAUAGUUGUCUGCACUCCAGGUAGGAUGAUUGAUAUACUUUGCACUAGUGGGGGGAAAAUUAGUAAUUUGCGUAGGGUCACCUAUUUAGUCUUGGAUGAAGCUGAUAGGAUGUUCGACAUGGGUUUUGAACCUCAGAUAACUCGUAUUGUCCAAAAUAUUCGGCCUGAUCGUCAAACUGUCCUGUUUUCUGCUACCUUCCCUCGUCAAGUUGAGAUUUUGGCACGGCGAGUGCUGAACAAACCUGUUGAAAUACAAGUUGGUGGGAGAAGUGUUGUCAACAAGGACAUCACCCAGCUGGUUGAAAUGAGGCCAGAAAGCGAAAGGUUCUUAAGGCUGUUAGAACUUCUUGGUGAGUGGUAUGAGAAGGGAAAAAUACUGAUUUUUGUUCACACACAGGAAAAGUGUGAUGCUUUGUUCAGGGAUUUGCUUAGACAUGGUUAUCCCUGCCUGUCACUUCAUGGAGCCAAGGAUCAGACAGAUCGAGAAUCUACCAUUUCUGAUUUCAAAAGCAACGUGUGCAAUUUGUUGAUUGCAACAAGUAUUGCGGCCAGGGGCUUGGAUGUGAAGGAGCUUGAACUGGUGAUCAACUUUGAUGUUCCAAAUCACUAUGAAGAUUAUGUACACCGUGUUGGUAGGACAGGUCGAGCUGGGCGGAAAGGAUGUGCCAUCACAUUUAUCUCUGAGGAGGAUGCGAGAUAUGCACCAGAUCUUGUAAAAGCACUGGAACUCUCUGAGCAAGUUGUUCCUGAUGACCUGAAAGCUCUUGCCGAUAGCUUUAUGGCUAAAGUAAAUCAGGGGCUUGAGCAGGCCCAUGGCACUGGCUAUGGGGGAAGUGGUUUUAAAUUCAAUGAGGAGGAGGAUGAAGUGAGGAGAGCAGCCAAGAAAGCACAGGCGAGGGAAUAUGGCUUUGAGGAAGAUAAAUCAGAUUCAGAAGAUGAGGACGAAGCAGUUCGGAAGGCUGGUGGAGAUUUCUCCCAGCAGGCUGCGCUUGCUCAAAUAGCUGCCAUUGCGGCUGCCACCAAGGGCAGUGCAGCUGCAAUUCAGGCUCCUCUGGCGGUGGCCCCAUUGGUUCCAAAUGCAGGGUUACCAGUUUCUCUUCCAGGCAUGCUAACAGUGUCUGGUAGUGCAGCGGUUGUGGUUCCAAAUCCAAAUGAGGGGGCAGCUAGAGCAGCCGCACUUGCUGCUGCCAUGAACUUGCAGCACAACCUAGCCAAGAUUCAAGCUGAUGCACUGCCGGAACACUAUGAAGCAGAGCUGGAGAUCAAUGAUUUUCCCCAGAAUGCUCGGUGGAAGGUUACACACAAGGAAACUUUGGGUCCAAUUUCAGAGUGGACUGGAGCUGCCAUCACAACAAGGGGACAGUAUUUCCCACCAGGGCGGACUGCAGGACCAGGAGAGCGCAAGCUCUACCUGUUCAUUGAGGGUCCUACUGAUCAAUCUGUGAAGAGAGCUAGAGCAGAGCUGAAACGGGUCCUGGAAGACAUCACAAGCCAAGCGCUACAACUUCCGGGUGGAGCUCAACCGGGCAGAUACUCUGUUCUAUAGGUGAGCUGGAAAGAGAAGACUGUUUCCUCCUCAAGAUUUUGUUGGUGAGUAACGAUGGGAAUUGGGAGGUACUUGCCUCGUGAUGGUAUGAAGAAGCUGGAGUUUGUCUCUCGGUCUACAGACUGUCUUUUUGUAUUUCAAGUGGAAACAAGUUUGGGUCUUUGACUAUUACUAUCACUUAUUCAUACAUUAUAAUUAUUAUUACCUUAACCUUGUGCUUUUCCAGUGGACACUCGUCUUCCAGAACAAGAUGAUGUAUGUUAUUGUGUUUUCUGGGCUUUUAAGAGCCAAAUGCUGUGGGAGAAUGGACAUGAUUACAUAGGCGUUAUUAUUAUUAUUAUUUUUUAUUUCUUAAUUAAUAGACCUAAUGCUUUUGC